AAGAAGAAGAAGAAGACGAAGAACCACGCCUUCUGCACCAUCCACUUAAUUUUUUUUUUUUACCGUACUGGAUGAGUUGCACAGCAGCCGUUAUUUAUUCGUGCUGUGUUGAAAGACGUAGAAAAUCUUUUUAUAUUUAUAUUUAGCAGGAACGCCAAGCCGUAAACAUGGGGGAAACCAGACUACCGCGUCAUAUGUUUUUAUGGAGUAUGGCAAUUAUUUACAUGUUUGCUUUUGCAUCUCUCUAUGUUCAGAUACCAGGUCUCUAUGGCAAUGAGGGGGUCCUGCCUGUGCGCCUGGUGGAGCCCCGUGUGGACGGCUCCAGGCCAGUAUUGGAGCAGAUACAUGCCCACCCCUCCCUGCUGUGGCUGGGGCCCCGGCUGGGUCUGGACCUGGACGCCCAGCAGGCAAUGGAGCUGCUCUGCCUGGCGGGGGCGCUCUUAGCCCUGGGAGCAGCCCUGCUGGAGCCCCUCCGAGACAGCCUGGUGUUCUUCUGCCUCUGGGUCCUCUACCUCUCCCUCUGUCAGGUGGGUCAAGACUUUCUGCGUUUUCAGUGGGACAGUCUGCUGUUGGAGGCAGGCUUCCUGACCGUGCUUGUCGCGCCGCUCAACCUCCUGCGGUGGCGCUCGGCAUUCCGUCAGCAUGACGCUGUGACCUUCUGGCUGGUGCGCUGGCUCCUGUUCCGCCUCACCUUUGGCUCCGGUGUCGCCAAGCUGGCCAGCCACUGCCCCAGCUGGUGGGGGCUCACUGCAGUGAACCACAUGUUUGAGGCCCAGGGCAUCCCCCUGCCCUGGUCCUGGUUCAUCCAGCAGCUGCCAGACUGGUACCUGAAGCUGGGGACUGUCGGUCUGUUGGUGACAGAGAUCGCUGUGCCCCCCCUCUACUUUGCCCCCAUCCGCAGCCUCCGAUUGGCAGCCUUCUACAUUCAGGCAGUGUACCAGGUGAAGUUAAUGUUCUUGGGGAACAAUGGCUUCCUCCCCCUCCUCUCCCUGGCUCUGACUUUCUCCCUGUUGGACGACGACCAUAUCAGCUACUGGCUGGGCCACGGCAAGAAGAAGAGCGCCAAGACCUGGCCCCAAACCAUAAUGUCAUUGGUGUUGCUGGCUGUAUUUGCUGUCAUCAUCUAUGGAACUAAAGUGCUCUUCACACUGGAGAUUGACUGGGAGGCCAAGACUAUUACCUCUAAAACCGCCUUCACCCAGCAGCAGUUUGGCAAUUGGUUGAAGCUUGUGACAGGACCCACUAUCUGGGUAGGAGUUCUCUCUCUCACCUGGGAGGUGGUGGCAGCCAUGCUGGGGUGUGUAUGUGUUAGAGGCUGUCUCUGGAAGCUCUGGGGUCUUGUCCAAUGGGCUGUCAUUGCCUCUGCUGCAGUCGCCGUGUUUGCUAUCAGUGUGGUGCCCUACUCGUCCAUGGAGCAGGUGUACAGCAGUAAGAUUCUCCCGGAGGUGAGACAGGCCUACAGCCUAGUGGAGCGCUAUAGACUGGUCAGUGCCUACAGCCUGGACAGCAGGAUGACUGGGGUGGACGGGAGGUCAGAGGUCGUCCUAGAGGGCAGCAUGGACAAGAAUACCUGGACGGAGAUAGAGUUCAUGUAUAAGCCGGGAAAUGUGGGCAUGGCCCCUCCAGUGGUGGCCCCCCACCAGCCACGGUUAGACUGGCAGAUGAGCCAGGCAGCCCAGGGACUGGCCGAACAGAGCCCCUGGUUCACAAGCCUAGUGCACUGCCUACUGCAGGGCAAUAAGGAUGUGGUGAGACUGAUCCAGACAGACUCAGCCCAAUACCCAUUCAGCCAGGCCCCCCCUGUCUACCUCCGAGCCAGUCUCUACAAGUACUGGUUCACCCAGACCGCACAGGACGGGUCUGGUCCUAAAGAGUGGUGGAGGAGAGGCUAUUCAGAGGAGUUCUAUCCUGCAGUGCAGCUGGGUGGCCUUACUCUGGAGGGCAUGCUCAGCCAGCACGGACUCAAGGAGAAGUUCCCGAUCCAGCCCAGUCCUGACUCUCCUCUGGCCCAGGCUCUAAGGCAGGUACGGGACCACGUUCAGACUCUACCCGGCCACCUGGUGCUCUGGUCCCUCCUGGCCACUGUCGCCACCAUCUGGCUCUUCAAAACCCUGCUCUCUGGGGUCCUGGGGGGCCGAAAGGCUAAACCCACUCCGGCCGAACCCAAGGCCAAGAAGGCUAAGGACCAGCCAGCAGCGAAAAAUGCCUCGGCCUCCAGUCUCAAAGCAGAGAGGGAGAACUCUGAGGAGAGUAGACGGGAUGCUGACAAGAGCCCUAAGAAGAGGAAGUGAUGUGGGACUGCUGCCAUGGGACUUCCUGUUACGUUGUUGUUGUUGCCCCUUGUCUCGGGAUGGAGGUUGGAGAGAAGGGGUGUUACCUACAUGUAAAUCUCAGGUGUUUCUACAGUAACUACCAAUCCGACCAGCUCUUUCUACAGUAACUACCAAUCCGACCAGCUCUUUCUACAGUAACUACCAAUCCGACCAGCUCUUUCUACAGUAACUACCAAUCCGACCAGCUCUUUGACUCAGAGACCAUCACUGUGACCUUGUAUUCAGUCAGUUCUCAUCUGUCUCUCUCACACACACACACACACACACACACACACACACACACACACACACACACACCCAUAUAUUGUACAUACACAAGCAAAAACGUCUAUUUUCUCUGUGCCUCCUUCCGUCACCGUAUUCUCAGGUCCGCCUAUGGAUGAGUCUUCAGACAUGCCUACGGGUGAGUCCCUCACAUUACAGUACAGUGGUGCUUUGUUAUGAGCUACUUCUGGGAUUUGCCAUCUGUUCUUCAGGGAACACUUUAUCUGAAUUCUGGGAAUGCAUUCAUACAUUUUAACGGUUGUUGUCCAACAGUUUUAAUCUUGUGCUAUAUCUUUAAUAUGAUAUUCAGGCUGGGUGCAGUUAUUGUACCUCAGUGAACCCUUCCAUGGACCGCUGAGAUCAGUUUGACUGUAUCAGACAGACUUUUUUUUUUAAAUGUCAAGUUGUCAACAGUGGUUCCAUGUAAUGAUAUCAAUACCUGGGUCCUCUAUCCCGACCACGAGAAACUGAAGAGCGACAUCGUCAAGAAUACUGUAUUCUGAAAGCUUUGUCCUGCGAAAUCUGUGGAUUGCUGUUCUAACUUCAAAACCCUUUGUCGCAUUCUUUUUAACAGCUUAAAUGCAUAACUGCUCCUGAGAAAUCUUUA